AUGGCGUUUCAUCCAGUUACUUCAGUACUGCUCUUUGCAUUGGCUCUCUCAGGGAUUCAGCUUUCAACAUGCCAAGUUUUUAAAGGCAAAGUGUCUUGCCUUGACUGCAGUGGCCAAUAUGACUUCUCAGAGAUUAAGGUCGGAGUGGAGUGUGACAAAGUAAGAAAGUUGGCUGCAACAACCACACAAAGCGACGGUUCCUUUGAAGUUAACCUUCCUCCAGGCAACUCAGCAACUGCAUCUCCUCGGAAUUGCCUAGCCAAGCUGCUUGGUGGUCCGAGCCAGCUCUUUGUCUCAAGAGAAUACAUGGUGUCCAAGAUUGUUCAAAACCAUGAUUCUAACUCAUACACCAUCUCCACUCCUCUUGCUUUCUCCACUACAUGUUCUGCAGAAGGUGCAAAAUGUGGAGUCUCUAAUGAAAUUGGCUCAUCCAAAACAGUCGACCUGCCACUACCAAGGGAGUGGGGCCUUGCACCAUCUAGCUACUAUGUUCCUUUCGUUCCCAUCAUUGGUAUCCCUUGA